GGCCAUCCCACACCGCACCACCCCCUCGCAGCGCCAUGUGUGCAAAGCCCAGCAAGAUCGCGCCGGCGCCAGGCGCGCAGCCGCGCGAGCUGCCUGCUGCUGCCAAGGCUGCGGCGGAGCGCGGAGCCAAGCGCGCUGCACAGGCUGCUGCUCCCUCCUCUCGAGCCCAGCAGCCCGCGGCCGGUCCGUCGCGACCAGCAGCAGCGGCAGUCGACGCUCCUGCAAAGGCUGCAGCCUCGACCUCUGAGUCUGGAGAUGACUCCGACGCCGAUUCCGAUGCCUCGUCCUCCUCGACCUCGUCGAGCUCGGCUGCCAGCAGCGGCGGCGGCGACGACAUCCUGCAGCGCACCGCCCUCUCGCUCGCCUCGCACCCACUGCCGGCGACCAAGAUGCUCUCGCGCACGCUGGCUCGCUUCACGCAGCUGGCGCGCCUCGAUCUCAGCGACAUGAAGCCGUCGGACGACUCGCCGCGUGGCCUUGUGGACCUCGAGUGGCUCGCUGCCGCGACGGGUGACGCCAAGGCGAAGCGCCGGGCACCGGACGCAGAGCACUUUGGCAAGCGUCUGACGUGGCUCAGCGUGGCGAACAAUGAGGGACUUUCGGGAGAAGGCGCGCUGAAUGGUGUGGAGACGCUGCGCAACCUCUAUGUGCUCAAUGCGACGGGCUGUGGGCUGCGACAGCUGCCAGUUGCGCUGCUGCCUCAGUCGCUGCGUGCGCUCAUUCUCAACUCGAACGCGCUCACCUCCAUCCCGGCGCUGCCGCACUUUCCCGAGCUCAACACGCUCGCGCUCUCGCACAACGGCCUCAAGAGCCUGCCUGCGUCGCUGUGCGCGUCCAUGCCGCAGCUCAAGAAGAUUUCACUUUCGCAGAACGCUCUCACGUCGGCAGCACUGCCGGACCUCAGUCCGCUCUCGCAUCUGCGCGAGGUGCGUCUAGCGGGCAACAAGCUCGGCCGGCUGCCUGCCCACCUGCGCACGUGGGGCAAGGGCGUCGGCUCGGCGGCGCGCGGCACGGGCCUCGAGACGCUCGAGCUGGGCGACUGCGGCCUGGAGCGCUGGGAGGACAUUGCGCCGCUGCUGGAGAAGGAUGGCGAGGCGGAGCAGGACGGAAAGCGCAGCAAGGGCCUCAAGAACCUGACGCUCAAGGGCAAUGGCGUGGCGCUGCUGGAGGGCUACAAGGAGAAGAUCAUCGCUGCACACCCGUCACUGCUCGUGCUGGAUGGCGUCGUCCUGCAGCCACGUGCUCCGAAGCGGCCGCAAGCUAUUGCGCCGCAGCAGGCAGCAGCCGAGCGCGAUGGCGAUGAAGCCGGCCCAUCGAGACGCGAGCACGACGGGCCGCGGUCUCGCGAAGAUGCUGCCGGCCGCAGGCAAGACCGUGCCGGUCCGCCGCCGCAAGAGGAUGGCGGCGAGCGACGCCGGCGCGACAGAGCUGGUCCGCCGCCGUCAGAAGACGACGGUGGUCGCCGUCGGCGAGACCGUGCUGGCCCGCCGCCGGAAGAAGAUGGCCAAGAGCGCAGACGGGAUCGCGCCGGCCCAGCGCCAGGCUCGUCGGGAGCUCACGAGCGGCCGCGCAAGGGCGACAAGCGGCAAGACAGUGGCACGGCCAAUGCACGGUCGAAGCGCACAACAGACGCUGCAGCAGCUGACGAGGAGCGCAGCAAGCCGCACAAGCGCGGCGGCCGCGGGAAGAAGCACCAUGUUGAUGAGCCAGCAGCGAAGCCUGCGCCCGCGCCGGCACCUGCACCUUUGCCUCCGCCCGUGGAGGGCGUCUUCGAGGACGACGAGAAGCGCAGCAGCAAGAAGCGCGCCAAGCGUGGCCGGAAGGAGGCCGAGGAAGCAGAGGCGCUGCAAGAUGGCGAGGAUGCUGCAGAGCAGACGCCGCGCAAGAAGCGCAAGGAAGACAAGCCCAAGAAGCCCAAGGUCACGGCGCCUGCAUGGGAUGCCGACUCGCCGCUCGUUGCUACGCCAGCGCCCGUGCCCGAGCCAGAGCCCGAGGCGCCAAAGACGUCUGUCGCCGCCGUUAUCGAGGUGCGCAAGAAGGGCGGCAAGAAGGGCCUGCCGCCUGCGCCGCAGACGGCCCUGCCGGCCUGGUCUGCCGACGAGCCGUGGGGCGCUGGAGCGGGAGGCGAUGCGUGGGGCGCCGGCGAGUCUACUUGGUGAGGCCAGCGCGAGUCAAUGCGACACUGCAUCAUGGUGACAAAUGUGUGAUUACGAGCUAUGUGUGGAUGUGAGCCGCUGCGAGCACCA